ACCCAUUUUUUGUAUUAUUUAUUAAUAAUUUAUUUUUGUGUGUGUAGUUGAAGGAGCAGAAGAAGAAGAAGAGAAGGUGGUACCGCCUUCAAUUCUCUCUCUCCAUUUCUCAUCCUCAUCAUCUUAUUAUACCUCUUCCAUCUCCAUAACAUCCACUUGUGAAAAAAACCCAUUAAUAUAUAUCACACACACAUGUAUCUCUGAGCUCCAAUCCAAUCCAAGACCACACCUUGUCGCGUCGGACGAACCUUGGUGUCUGUCUUUUUUUUUUUUUUUGUUUCAUUAGUUUCUCCGAAGAGAUGCGGAAGGGCAGAGGAGGAGGAGCCUCGGCGGCGGCGGCGGCGGCGGCGGUGAACGGAUCCGUUUUAAAGGAGCCUCGGUACCGGGGCGUGCGGAAGAGACCGUGGGGGAGAUUCGCGGCGGAGAUCAGAGACCCGUUGAAGAAAGCCAGGGUUUGGUUGGGAACCUUCGAUUCUGCCGAGGAUGCUGCACGUGCCUACGACACCGCCGCUCGGAAUCUCCGAGGUUCCAAGGCCAAAACCAAUUUCCCUCUCUCACCUUUUUGCUAUCAACACCCCACCACGGAUCCUUUCUUCUACGCUGGUUUCCACGACCACCAAAACAACAGCAACAACAACAACGACAACCUUAACAACCCUCAAAGACCAACUUCAAGUGGCAUGAGUAGCACCGUUGAGUCCUUCAGUGGGCCCCGCCCUCCCACCACAACCACAACCACCACGACGCCGUUUUUGACCACUACGCGGAGAUACCCGCGCACUCCCCCUCUUGUCCCCGAAGACUGCCACAGUGACUGCGACUCUUCCUCCUCCGUCGUUGACGACAGCGACGACAACAUCGUUUCCUCGUCGUUUCGACCUCCCUUGCCGUUCGAUCUCAACGCGCUGCCGUUUGAUGAUGAUGCUGCCGUCGUGGAUGAUGAUCUACGCUGCACCGCGCUUUGUCUCUGAUGAUUAUCGUGCGAUGAUGAUUUUUAAUUUCUCAUUUUUUUUAUCUCUUCAACUUGAUUUUUUGUUAUUGCUAUGAGGGAAAAAAUAUAUUAAAAAAAUGAUCAGAUGUAAGAUUAUGGUAAUAUGAUCUUAAUUCUGUCAGAGGCAGAUUCCGUGUUGGGUAUAUUUUCUUCUUUUUACUAUUUAUUUUUUAAAACAUUUUAUUUGGAAGGAAAUAUUGAAUGGGAAGAGAAAAAGAGAAAGAAAUUAUGAUCUGUUCGUUUGAAAAACCAAAUGAAUUUGCGGGUAAUCCAAUGUGGGUAUAUAUGUAAUCUCCCACGGGUCCUCUUCUCUUUGUUUCUAUGUAUCAAUUUAUCAUAGUUAAGAAUUUCAGUGUUGCUCUAACACUUAGAUUUAGUUAUUUCUCUUUACUAUUUUUUCUUUACACUUGGAAAAUCAAUUCGUUAUUUUUGGUUUGGUUCUUUUUGCCUUCAUUAGUUGAAAUUUCCAAUGUUUGAAUGUAACGCCAAAUUGAAUUUGAUUGAUU